UUUUAAGGAAACGUCACGUGGCCUUGAUGCACAUGUUGACGUUCUUAUAUUUAGUAAAUCUGUAGUGAAUUUAAUAUAGUUUUAGACAAAAGGCGGAUAGUAUCAGAAGAACGAUGGUGAAGUCACACUCGGGGCACAAAGCCCCUCGGAAGCAGGGUUUCAAUCGUUCCGGGCACAGUAUGAACCCGGAACGACCAACCGAAGGCUUAAAAGGUGUUGCCAAAGUUCGGACAAAGGCAACCAUAAAAAGGUUGCAAAUGUACCGAAACUCAAAAGCGAAACGCGACAAAACCGGGAAAAUUAUCAGUCCAGCUCCCUUCCAAGGAAGAGUUCCUUCCGGGACAAUGUCGCGUGUCGAACCCUCUCAAAGAUGGUUCAGCAACUCGAGAGUAAUAUCUCAAAAUGCCCUGCAAAAUUUUCAAAAAGAACUCGGUGUUGUGAAGAAUAAUCCGUAUCAGGUGAUUAUCAAACCUUCCCAAUUGCCGGUGACUCUGCUGCAAGAAAAAGCGGCGAAAGCCAGAGUUCAUGUCCUCGAAACUGAGAGUUUUGACAGUGUUUUCGGCCCGAAAAAACUGAGAAAGAGGCCGAAUUUGAGCAUUUCUUCCUAUGACGAGUUGAAGAAAGUGGCUGAGGAGAAAGAAGAUAUUUAUGAUAAGGAAAAGGACACGAAGGAUUUUGACCUUAUUCGUCCGGACGAUGGAAUGAAGGAUGCUGUGAGAGAUUGGGUCAUGGGCGCGGGACAGAGCAGACGAAUUUGGAGUGAACUAUAUAAAGUCAUUGAUUCUUCGGACGUUGUUCUUCAGGUUCUGGACGCAAGAGACCCAAUGGGCACUCGUUCUUCUCACGUUGAGAAAUACCUAAAAACCGAAAAAACCCACAAACACUUGAUCUUCAUCCUAAAUAAAGUCGACCUCGUGCCAACCUGGGUAACGCAACGCUGGGUCGCAAUUCUCAGUUCCGAAUAUCCGACAGUCGCUUUCCACGCCUCUCUCACUCAUCCUUUCGGCAAAGGCUCCCUGAUCAAUCUCCUCCGUCAAUUCGGCAAACUCCAUGUCGACAAAAAGCAGAUCAGCGUCGGAUUCAUCGGCUACCCGAACACCGGAAAAAGCUCUAUCAUCAACACCCUCCGUUCAAAAAAGGUCUGCAAAGUCGCGCCAAUUGCCGGCGAGACCAAAGUCUGGCAGUACGUCACACUCAUGAAGAGAAUUUAUCUGAUCGAUUGUCCAGGAGUUGUUUAUCCUUCCGCGGAAACUGACACCGAAAAAGUCCUCAAGGGCGUGGUGAGAGUCGAGCUCGUUCAGAAUCCCGAGGACUAUAUCGAAAGCGUUCUGGGGAGAGUGAAGCCGGAAUAUAUCAGGAAGACCUACAAGAUUGAAGAGUGGACAGACCAUGUUGACUUUUUGGAGAAGCUCUCGCGCAGGUCGGGAAGAUUGCUCAAAAAAGGCGAGCCCGACAUUUCCACGACUGCGAAAAUGAUUUUGAAUGAUUGGCAGAGAGGCAAGCUUCCGUUUUAUACUGUGCCGAAAGGAUUCGAGGAACCUUUGCCAAAGAUGGUUCAGAGCGAGGAGAUUGUUGAGCGAGUGGAGGAGGAAAAUGUUGAGGAGGAGGAAGUGGAGAAGGAGAAGGUGGAGAAGGAGAAGAAGAAGAUUUUGAGUGUCUUGCAAGAUUUCAGGAAAAUCAGGGUCGGUUUGCCUUACUCUAGGGAAGAUAUGAGAAGGGCUGAUGGGGAAGGUGAUAAAGAAGGUGAAGAAGAUCUGGAGCAGGAUGAUGGUUACAGUUAUGUGCAGACACCUUGCCCUUCGGAUGUUGGCGAGAGUGAAGAUGAAGAUGGAGAAAAUGAGGAGGAGGAAAGUGAGAUUAAAGAAAUUGAAGCAAAAACACCGAAUCUGAAAGAGGAGAAGAGAAAAAAUGAUGAUGAUGAUGAUGAGGAAAUGGUGCCUUUUGAAGAGGAUACUUUGAAUAAAAAUGUGUACGAUACUGUGGAGGAGUACGACACGAGUGACAGUGAAAUUUCUGAUUUGAAAGCGGCCACGACGAGUGGGGCUUUUGAAGUAUCGAGUCUGAAGGGCAAGUCGAAGGGAGGAAAGCAGCUGACGAGUAAGGAAAGGAGGGCGAUUGAGAGGACGAAUCGAAGGAAGAAGAUCGGAAGCAACUUCUACGAAGUCUCCAACGUCAAGAAUAGGAAUCGGAAUAGAAAAGUCCCGAAAGUUAAAAGGAUAAAGUAGAUUUAGGUGAGCUUUUUUAUUGUGUAUAUACAAUGGUAAUAAAGAUAUUGGUGAUUA